AUCACAGCCUCUGCACCCAUUUGAACGAGGUGCACCCAAGAGAGUGUUCCCUGAGCCAAGAUGUCGCACAAGAUACUGCUACUGUUCCUGCUCGGCUUCGUGGCCUUAGCACUAUCAGCUCCUGCUACCACCGAAGAGGAGCUCAGCCCUGCCGCCCAAGACGAGACCAAGGACGAGCCCCUCCAGGAGGAUGAUGAGCAACUCUCGGAGGCUGAGGAGACAGAGAAAGAUGACGAAGAGGCCAAUCAAGUUUUUCAAGGUGAGGAAGAUGAAGAGACCCAAGAGGAGCCCGAGGACGAUUCAGAGGGUGGAACCGAAAACGAUGAGAACCCAGGAGAAGCAGAAAACGAGGUAGCUGAAGUGGAGAAAGACGAGAAUGUUCCUGAGAAAAGACAUCAUCUCUAUCGUAGCUGCCGUCGCGUGUGUCGUCGCUACAGAUAUUGCAAAUCGUUUUUGUUUAUAAAGCACAAGUGUCACUAUAAGUACCACUGCUACCUAAAGUGUUCUUGCAAAGUUAAAUACUACCACUGCCGUUAUCGUCGCCGCUGCGUCUGGAGGUACAAAUACUACCACGGAAAGCCCCGCCGUUACCGCCACUGCUACCGAUACUGCUAUCGUCGAAUUCUUAAGUACAGAAAGGUCCCUUGCCGGGGAUAGAUUUCACACUGGUUGCCAUGGAAACGAUUGCAACACAAAGAACGGAACACAAGGACUGAACACCGGACCUGACAGCGAAAAUUUUGUUGAUUUUUUUACUCUAAAUACUGACAUGAUUUUUAAUUUCUAUAUAAUUGUAAGAUUUUUAUAAGUGUAAAAAUAAGUUUGUAAGGGACGAGCAAUGAAAUAAAACAUGAACAUUCAA